GUACAAGGAGCUCUUGUCGGCGGCGCUGGAGGCCUUCUCGGCAGGCAGGGGGGAGGCCGGCGGGGGAGGCGGAGAUGGCGGUGGUGGUGCAGCUGCGGAGGUGGUGGAGGUGGAUGACCCCCGGCGGCGAGUGGCGCUGCGGGUGCUGGAUGCGGCUGCCCGGGGGUUGCAGCCGGAGGACGUGGCAGGUUCCGGAGCUUACACCGACGCUGAGGACGACGACAGCUGGCUGGACCAACAGCCCGACCGCUUGCAGGCUGAGCUGGAGCGGAGGCAAGCUGAGCUCAACGAACAUGCCGGUCGGCGAAAGAACGAUAGCGUCAACGGGGAACCAACCACUUCUGGCCGCGAUGCGCGGCCAACCGACAAGCGAAAGGAGC